AUGAAUAUAUAUGAGUAUAAUUUGCCAGGUGGUAAAUUCUCUGUUAUUUUCACAGAGUUGUUGACUAUUAAAGGGCUUAAAGCCACGCAGAGUUCUCUUGGAUGGGAGGGUAUCCCAGUUAGAGCAAUUGAUGGUAACUUUGAUACCAACUACGGCGAAAAAAGCUGUACUCGCACAAUGAAGCAACCUGCAAAUUGGUGGAUGGUGGAUCUAGGAAAGUCCUACAGGGUUAAAGAAGUGAAAAUUUACAAUCGAGCAGAUUGCUGCAAGGAUCGAUUGAAUGGCGCCACCGUCCGUGUCGGAGAUAACGCUAGGGGUAUGCUGACUAAUGCCGUAUGUGGAGAGCCAAUAAAAGUUGGCACCAGCUCCGUGAUUAUUCGAGAGUGCACACUUAAAGGACAAUACGUUAGUGUUUCGCUGAAGAACCAAUACCUGACGCUUUGUGAGGUCGAGGUUUUUGGAGAAGAGUUGUUGACUAUUAAAGGGCUUAAAGCCACGCAGAGUUCUCUUGGAUGGGAGGGUAUCCCAGUUAGAGCAAUUGAUGGUAACUUUGAUACCAACUACGGCGAAAAAAGCUGUACUCACACAAUGAAGCAACCUGAAAAUUGGUGGAUGGUGGAUCUAGGAAAGUCCUACAGGGUUAAAGAAGUAAAAAUUUACAAUCGAGCAGGUAUGUGUUCACGAGCACAUUAUAGGAUGUUUCCAUAUACAAUUUGCUAGCAAUAACACCAUUGA